AUGACUAAUUCCAAGACUACUGUUAUUGACUUUUUGACUCAGGCGUGUUGUGGUACUAUAAUGGCUGUUCAUCGUAUGGGCAAUACGGAUCCAGAGUUAUACAAAGAUCAGCUUGUUGCACUUCUCGCCCGGUAUCUCAACAACUGCUGGAACUCUCUUCUCCGAGGAGAUGAUUCUUUUGUUCUUGAUUGCUUUGCUGCUACAGGUCAUGAUCACCCUUCUUGUGUCUUGAAGAAAAUGUUUGCACUUGGAACGUUUGUACUCCCAGAUAGGCCACCCUUGGAGCUAGCGAACUGUAAUCCUGAGGUUCCAGCAGAUCUUGAUGCUGCUAGAGUUCUUGUAUCAAACUUCUUACAGCGCGUUUUGUCAGAAAAUUGGAAUGAUAGUAUUUGGGGUCAUGAAUGUGAUGCCUUGUCACUAAAUGAAGAAAGAGCUCUUUGGACCCAAAAUGGGUGCCCGACAGAUGAUUUCUUUGUGCUUUCUUCAUAG